UCUUUUGUAAACCCGAUCGCAUCUCAAAGAAAGGCGAAGGAAAUUGACAGUACACAAACCCCUAUUCCUUCUCUCUCUCUCUCUCUCUCUCUCUCUCUCUCUCUUUCGAGCUAUGAGUCUCUUCGGUCUGGGCAGAAACCAGAGGACAUUCCGCCCGAAAAAAAGUGCACCUUCAGGGAGCAAGGGUGCUCAGCUUAGAAAGCAUAUUGAUGCCACACUUGGUAGCGGCAACCUAAGAGAGGCAGUAAAACUUCCAACUGGAGAAGAUUUAAAUGAAUGGCUUGCUGUCAACACUGUGGAUUUCUUCAAUCAGGUCAACUUGUUGUAUGGUACCCUCACAGAGUUCUGCACUCCAGAGAAUUGUCCUACAAUGACUGCAGGCCCCAAGUAUGAGUAUAGGUGGGCCGAUGGUGUACUAAUUAAGAAACCUAUUGAGGUUUCGGCUCCAAAAUAUGUUGAAUAUCUAAUGGACUGGAUUGAAUCUCAACUUGAUGAUGAAUCCAUAUUUCCCCAAAAGCUUGGUGCACCAUUUCCCCCCAAUUUCAGGGAGGUUGUGAAGACGAUAUUCAAAAGACUGUUCCGUGUAUAUGCCCACAUAUAUCACUCUCAUUUCCAGAAAAUUGUGAGCCUUAAGGAGGAGGCCCAUUUAAAUACUUGCUUCAAGCAUUUCAUACUAUUUACCUGUGAAUUCGUGCUAAUUGACAAGAAGGAGCUAGCUCCACUGCAAGAGCUUAUAGAAUCCAUCGUUGUUCCUUAUUGAACACGGUUUGCAGAUCCCAAUAAGGAAGCAUAUUUGAGUCAAAUAAUCUCUACUCAUCUUUACAGCCUGCGACGUUGCGUGGUAUAAAUACUUUUUGUGCAUAUGCUGUGUGCCUUGGACUUGAAAUGUUUAUUCGCUGGUAAUUUAUUUCCAUCUAAGAUAGUGUGGAAAGAAGUUGCUCUUUGUACAAGCGGCUGAACCGGAAAUGGCUGAAGUCGAUCAGCUCAAGUUUUAGCUAGCUGGUUUCACUUUGUAGAAACAUUAAGUGAGUGUUGUAUUUGUAUUUGUUGGUUUUACAUAAAAAACUAGUGGCUCGUUAAAUUUAGUUUCAAACAAUUUCGAGAAUAAAUUAUGAAUUGUUUGAAGCAA